AUGGAUCCAACUACCUCAGCUCACGUGGACCCAUUCGCGGGUCCCAACUCAGACCUCACCUCGAAACAACCAGCCGUCACCGAUACUUCCGGCUUGACCACUUCGACCGUCCCAUCUUCAGGUGCAAGCAAUGCCCCUCACCUCGGAGCACCCUCAUCAGGGUUCAACAACCCAUUCGUCUCUGGACCACCUGUAGUGCCCACUGACCCAAUUAAACAAGAUUAUCCCGAUACUCAGGUCUACCCCAAUACCAAUACCAAUGGUCAACAAGACUUUGCCGAUAUUCACGCUAGGAGUGCAGGUGCGGGUGUAGGUGGGACCACUUCCGACAGUACUUCUCAAACAGUCACCGAUAAGGCUCAUGUAGCUUCCAACAAGGCUAGUGAGACUGCUACUCAAGCUCAGAACAAGGCUAGUCAAGUGUCCAGUCAAGCUCAACAGAAGGCAAACGAAGCUGCUACGGGAAUCAGACAAAGAGUCAGAAAGCUUUCAGUCGACCUCAACAAUGCAGCAGACCAUCCUGCCGUCAAGAACGUCAAGGGUACUGCUAAUAAUUAUAUCGCUCAAUUGAGAGAGCAAUUAGGUAGAAGUCAAACUGUCAGAGAUCUCGAGAAGAGAACGGGAGUGGACAGAGUUGUCUUGGUCGUUGGCGGUAUCUUAGGCUACAUCCUUCUCAUCCCACUUAACGUCCUCAGACUCGCUCUUCCAAUCACCGACCUCCUGACUAUCCUCCCUGCCACCUACCUCGCCGCUGUUGUCCUCGACAAGCCUGACACUACUGCAAAUGACCAAAAAGUGAAGUCUCUCUUAUCGUUCUUUGUUGUUCUUGGUGCUAUUCAAACCGUUGAGAGUCUGAUGGCUGGGUUCUUGGAAAGAAAAAUUCCUCAAUAUUACACGGUCAAGUUGUUAUUCCUCGCUUACCUCCUCCACCCACGAACUCAAGGAGCCACCCAAGUCCACGAGCGAGUAUUCCGACCCAUUCUCGCCUCAGCUCAACAAUCCGCCAAAUCUGCUCCUCCACCUACAUCAGGAUACAGCAACAACGGCAGUACAAACACUUACGGUGCACCGAAAUCAUCCUCUACCGUCAGUACUCCACCGACUUCCAAGCCUUCCCUCUCAACUGUUUCUAGCCCUCAAACUUCCGGUUUCACCACCAUGGCCGCGUCCAUCCCUCUUCCUGGAGAGAGCGAGAAUAUCACAAGGGAAGAUGCAAGAGGUCAAGGUUACUCGGUCGUCAGUGAGCUCCACUAG